AUGAAUGAAAAUAGAGUAGCAGAGGACUACCAAAGAAAGUCACUUCCCACAGAGGAAGAGCACGAAAAAAGAGCAAACGAAGAGUGCUCCACCUUCUUCAGAGUUUUGAGGGUGGAGUAUCCAAAGUUCUUUUGUUUGGCAACACUUGGUUUUAUCAUAUCUUUUAUAUACUCUACGCUGAGAGAUGCAAAAGAUACGCUAAUUAUCGGAAAAAUGCUGCCAACCUCCAUCAGCUAUCUCAAAACAACAGCCGUGCUUUUCUUCACCAUAGCAUUCGGCAUUAUGUUCCAGUACCUCAUGUCCAAGGGCGUCAAAAUGCGAAGCAUCAUGCUGGGCGCACAGAUUGGAUUCGGUAUAUACUUUGUUAUUUACUCUCUUGUUAUUUUCCCAAUAGCAGAAACAAUAGAGCCGUACAAGUUCCUAGUUUCUGACUUGUUUUCAGACGGGAAGAUGUUCGUAAGAGGCCUCCAGUUUUUGGAAGGGAUGCUGUAUCUUGUCAACUUCUGGACGUGCUCAUUCUUCUACGUAUCAGCUGAAAUGUGGGGGAGCUUUGUGCUUUCUCUCCUUUUCUUCGGGUGCGUGAAUGAGAUUUGUCUGCUGAAGCAAGCCCUUCGUUUCUAUCCUCUUUUCUUGAUAUGCGCGAACAUUGCACUGAUGCUCUCUGGGCUCAUGGGCCUCACAGUCUCGUACUUCGCAAAGUCAAACAAGGACAUAAUCAUCAACUUCUACAGAUACUUCCUCCUUCUGUUGGGCUUCCUCUGUGCUGUCAACUACUUUGUGUACAAGUAUCUCAUGGACAAGGUCAUUCCGUAUCCCGUAUACAUUGCCACUAACCCCGUGUCAGCCAAGAAAACAAAGACAAAAGUGGGAAUGAUCGCAGGAAUUGUCGCUGCCUUCUCAAACCAAAUCAUCCUGGCUCUUUCGCUCUCUGUGCUGGCAUACGGAAUGGUAACCAACAUAACAGAGGGAGCAGGGAACAUGACAAUCACUGGGUACGCAGAGGCAAUGAAUCAGCCAAAGGAAAGCAUAACCAUGAAGACAAAGGCGUCACAGCAGGUCAUUGUGGGGCUGAUGACAGGAAUCGUCCUCAUGUCCCCAAUGAAGUCUUUCAUUCAGAGAAAAGGAUGGCUCUCACUUGGUCUGGUGUCUCCUGUGCUCUCUCUGAUAGGAUCUACUAUUUUCUUCGGAUGCAUUUGGGUGAACAGCAAGAUGGUAUCCAAUGACACCAGCGUAUUUACCACAAUAGGAAAAUCCAUUGGGUCAACAAUCAACUGGACUUUGACAAAAGGAAAGACCAUAGAGCUAGUCAUCAGUAUGAUUGUGAUAAUGGUGAUCAAAAUAAUGAAGUACGCAGCCUUUGACAUCUGCAAGGAGGCAGUGGGAGUGAAAAUCCCGAAGGAGCACAGGUCUCGAUUCAAGGGAAUAUACGACGGGGUGUUUGGAAAGCUGGGGAAAUCAGUUGCAUCGAUUAUGCAAAUUGUUCUGCUCUACAUCUUCAACACAAACGACAUAAGAAAGUCAGUGAAUGUUACACUCACAGCUACUUUCCUGAUCAGCUCAGUCUGGCUGUAUGCAACCAUUUACUUGGGAGUCAACUACAACAAGGCAGUGAGAGAGGGCAAAGACUUACCCAUCAAGAUAAACGAGGUAGAAGAUAAUAAUGAGAAAGCCUGA